AUGGAGGCCAUGAGUGAGUGGCUUUUGGAGCAUGGAAUGGGGGAGGUAGAUGGAUCUGGAAGGGGGUUUGGGGAGUUGGAACAUGUUGGAACUGUGAGUGAACAAUUUGGGGAUGAAGAUCGAUUGCACGAUAUAGAUGAUGCCUUGUCUUUCGCAGAGCAGGCGCGCCAGCUGGUGCUGAACCGGGCCUUCGAAAAGCCGCUGGGCUUGAGCAGGUACGAAACCUUGAGAAUGGAGGUGGCUUCCAAGCUUCGGGUUUGGGACCUAAGCUCCGCGACGACGCGGCGCGAUGGAGACGAGGUGUGCAUCGAGCUCCAGGGCGGUAAGGAUCUUCAAGAGCAGCUGGGACCUGGUGGCUGGUUCAUGCUGGUCGCAAGAUGGCUUCUCAUUCGGGCCGCACCGGCCGCAUCGGUUCGCCUUCGCGCAUCGGUUCAGCCCGACGACCUCUAUGCUGCGAUCACCACGGCUGGGAGCAAUGUCACCAAGAAGAGCAUCAAGGCCUAUUUGGAAGCCAACCAGCCGGCCCUCAAGAAGUUGGUCGAGAACAUGAAGGAGGCAAAGCAGGCGGAGACACCAGCUGCAAGUGAUCCCAUCGUGCGAGACGAGUACGAGAUGGGUCGCUCUGAGAUGCAGAAGCUGAAGUUCCACGUUCCAGGGUCCGACAUGUGCCAGUUCGGUGGCAGUUCCAAGCGCUCCAAGUCACGCUUUUUGGUUGACGCGCAAGAGCAAGACGAGGCGGUGGAGAUCAGUGUCUCGACACAGGGUCGAGAUCCGUCGGAAUGGGAGGACUGCGACCGCCGCAAAGAAGACUUCAUGCGAGUCGUCCGGAUCUUCUACAAGGUGGUCAAGGAGAUUGUCCUGUCCGACAACUUGCUCAUCGAGCAGAGCGAUCAGCUCCGGCGGAUGGACGUGGGCGAAAUCAUUGAGGUCUUCCAAGGCGGACCGUGGGCGACGGUGGGAGGUCUUUUGUGUGAGGAAGGAGGGAGUUGA